AUGUGCGUUUCAAGCCGCCCAUUGGAAAUCUUCAAAAUCAGGUUAGCGCAAAAUUCUAAUCUACGUCUUGAACUCCUGAACCACAAUGACAUUGAAAAGUAUAUCACCGCUGAGUUCCAGGCCGAUGAUAAAUUCAAAGCAUUAAGAGAAAACAGCCACGCGCUGUGUCUCAAACUUGUUACCGAGCCCCUCGACAAGGCUGAAUGCGUUUUUCUCUGGGUAGUCCUUGUUGUUCGUCCCCUUCUACACGGGUUGGAGCAUAAAGACACAAUUGCAGACCUCCUGGACAGGCUAAGCCAAUUUCCGAGCGGAUUGGAGGCUUACUUCCGUCAGAUGCUCUCCGGCAUCGACGAGGUUUACCGCUCGAGAGCUCUCAAGCUUCUCAACAGUGCUCUGAACUCCGCGGACGGACUAUCACUCAUGACAUGCUCCUUUUUGGACGAAGUAAACCCGAACUUUGCCCUCAAUGUGCCCAUGAAGGCUGUUUCCGCACAUAGAAUAGAGGAGCGACUAACUGAGACCGCCAGCCGUAUUAGCUUGCGAUGCUUAGGGUUGUUGGAAAACCAAAACACUUCGCGGCGAUAG